AUGGCACGCAUCAAACGGGGCGUUUUUUCUUGGGAGGAUGUGCUCGCUCAGCGGUACCAGAGUCUUACUCUUGUGCAUUUGGUAGCCGACAAGCCUGCUCCCCUCCCGCGCUCCCGCCGCAUUGCAGAAGUCAAAUCACAGACGCAGAUACAACUCCAGUGCCAACUACUGACGCGCCUCUCGCCUGAACUCCGGCUGAUGAUAUGGGAGUACGUACAAGGUGGUCACCGUCUACAUAUUAUCCAGCGUAGUCGCCGGCGACUCGGUCAUGUAGUGUGUCCGGUCAACGAUCAUGAGAUAUGCAAAAUUUGUCAGGGCGGGGGAAUUUCCCAGCCCGCGAAAGUGGGGGAUCUGCGCGACUCUCGUGGCAAUGGUAUACUGCUAGGACUAGCAUUGACAUGCCGACAAAUAUAUCACGAAUCUAUACAUCUCCUCUACACACUCAACACCUUUGAAUUCAGUAACCCCUGGUCUCUACCCUACCUCCGCCCAACAAUCCUAGCUGACCAUUGGAACUGCAUCCAAAAUGUCGAGCUCCGCUGGUCGUUUCACGGCCAUUGGCUCCCGACCAAAGACCCCGUGCGUGCAGUAUACGUCUCCGCAGGACGGGUGCAGUGGCACGAAACCUGUCACGCCCUCGCUAGUCUACCUGCAUUGAAGACUUUCGUGUUGGUCCUGGGAAGUCGCUGGUUCAGUGAGCCUGUGGAGAGACUGCCUGUGUUUCUUGACCCGCUGAGCGCGCUGCAUAUUUCGUCAUCGCCAUCGUCAUCGCCAUUGCGGAACAAGGGCUGGAUCAGUCGGAUUGGACCGGGUCCAGGCUCGAAGGGUAAGCCGGCAGCACGUUUUGUGGAAUCCAGUUCGGACGAGGAAUCGUCGAGUUUAGACUCGAGUAGCUCGUCGGAUUCGGAGACCAGUCUUCCUUCCUGCUCGUUCGCGCGUGCAUCGUGGGAACUUAGACUACAGGGUCAGUCGUAUGGGAUGCCUGAGUUGAGUCGACUCGGGUUGAAUGGAAUCUUCUAG